GAGACUCCAUCUCAAAAAUAGAAAAAGAACUUCAUGCCCACUUGAAUGGAUCCAUUAGUUCUCAUACCAUGAAGAAAUUAAUAGCCCAGAAGCCAGAUCUUAAAAUCCACGAUCAGAUGACUGUGAUUGACAAAGGAAAGAAAAGAACUUUAGAAGAAUGUUUCCAGAUGUUUCAAACUAUUCAUCAACUUACUAGUAGCCCUGAAGAUAUUCUAAUGGUCACAAAAGAUGUCAUAAAAGAAUUUGCAGAUGAUGGUGUCAAGUACCUGGAACUAAGGAGCACACCCAGAAGAGAAAAUGCUACCGGAAUGACUAAAAAGACUUAUGUGGAAUCUAUACUUGAAGGUAUAAAACAAUCCAAACAAGAAAACUUAGACAUUGAUGUUAGGUAUUUGAUAACAGUUGACAGAAGAGGUGGCCCUUUAGUAGCCAAGGAGACUGUAAAACUUGCCGAGGAGUUCUUCCUUUCUACUGAGGGUAUAGUUCUUGGCCUUGACCUCAGUGGAGACCCAACUGUAGGACAAGCAAAAGACUUCAUGGAACCUCUUUUAGAAGCUAAGAAAGCAGGUCUGAAGUUGGCAUUGCAUCUUUCAGAGAUUCCAAACCAAAAAAAAGAAACACAAAUACUCCUGGAUCUGCUUCCUGACAGAAUCGGGCAUGGGACAUUUCUCAACUCCGGUGAGAGAGGAUCCCUGGAUCUGGUGGACUUUGUGAGGCAACAUCGGAUACCACUGGAACUCUGUUUGACCUCAAACGUCAAAAGUCAGACAGUUCCAUCUUAUGACCAGCACCAUUUCGGAUUCUGGUACAGCAUUGCCCAUCCUUCUGUGAUCUGUACUGAUGAUAAGGGUGUUUUUGCAACACACCUGUCUCAGGAGUACCAGCUGGCAGCUGAAACAUUUAAUCUGACCCGGUCUCAGGUGUGGGAUCUGUCUUAUGAAUCCAUCAACUACAUCUUUGCUUCUGACAGCACCAGAUCUGAACUGAGGAAGAAAUGGAAUCACCUGAAGCCCAGAGUGUUACAUUUUUAAGCUGUAAUGAGGUGAACUACUUCUGAGUAUGUGUUGCAAUCAAGGUCCUGCCAUAUCCCACUUAGUGACACAGUCCACCACUCCUUGGAAGCAUAGCAGCCAAGUUCCUUGGGCUCUAUCACCAGCACCUUACAUGUGGCAGGUACUCAGUAAAUAUGUGUCUUCAACUGACUCACAAGCUCUCAGGUGCUUACUGGGUGGGAUUUGACUGUUGUUGCUAAUUAAAUCCCCAUUCCACCAGUGAUUAUUGUGACUCAGUAGUCCUUCCCCAUUAGUGAUCAUAAAACUUCAGGGAAAUCAAAGUUUCUCAUCAGGAAAUGUUUUGGAAUUACUAGUAUAAAGUUAGGAAAGUGGGGAAAUUAGGUUACUGCCAAGACCUUUAAGCCUUCUAAACAGCUUUAUAUUUUAUUGUGUUUACCUUCAUCAGACUCCCUUCACUUGCUUUAAGUUUUUAAAAGUAUUCCCCAGCCAGAUGUGGUGGCUUAUGCCUGUAAUCCCAGCACUUUGGGAGGCCAAAGUGGGCAGAUUGCUUGACCCCAGGAGUUCAGUACCAGCCUAGGCAACAUGGAGAAACCCUGUCUCUACAAAAACAAACAAACAGAAAUUAGCCAGGCACGGUGGUGCACACCUGUAGUCCUAGCCACCAGGGAGGCUGAGGUGGGAGGAGACCUGAGCCCAGGGAUGUUCGAGGGUGCAGUGAGCUGUGAUGCCACAGCACUCCAGCCUGGGUGACAGAGUAAGACCCUGUCUCGGAAAAAAAAAAAAAAAAAAAGUAUUCUCCAAGAUCCCAAGACCAUUGACACCAGGUCACAUUCUAUACCAGGGAUUGUGUGAAUGCCUGGGGAUGACCCUAGUGACAGACAAAGCUAGUUGCUGAGAUCUGGUUUUGCCCUCUUUAUGAUUGUCCCAUCAGUACUAGAAAGAGAUUGAAGUCAUUGCUCCAAUUUUGGAAGAGGAGAGAAUAACUGGCUGAGGGGUGAGAAAGACAGAAAUAGCUGCAGCUUUCUUUUUUUUUUUUUUUUCCUUUUUCAGCAAAGGCUCUCACUCUGUUGCCCAGGCUGGAGUGCAGUGACUUGAUCACAGAUCACUGCAGCUUUCAGUUUUAAAACAGCUUCUAUUACAUUUUCUUUGUGGAAGCUGUAUUUCCACCUUAGUACUCACUUUCUGGUGGGUCUAAAAGAUACCUCUAGUAGUGACAACAUUGUGUUAAGUAGAGUUCAUUGGGCCUCUUGUAACCCUACCACUACAGGAUGGACCACUGGUGCAGGCUUACAUAAACACACAUACUGUGACCAUUUCAGCUGAAGACAAGGGACAAACGAAGACAGUUCUGAAAGGUAAAAAAAAAAACAAAAAAAAAACAAAAAACAAAAAACGAGCGUAUUAGAUACCAAGUUAUGCUUGAAUUGCUUUGCUCUUUAGAAUGUGUGUUUUUCCCUGGUAUCAGAAGAAGUUAAGGCUGAUGACAACCCUAAUAAAAUUACUAAGGGUUUCUGAUAGGUUUUCUGUGAUAUCGUAAAGUAUUUAUUUGGUCUUUGACCCUGUUUCCUGGCAUACUGCUGCUAAAAUCCUUAAUGUCUCCAGAGUGAUGCCUUUUUGUAUCUGAUGAGUUGACUGCUGGCUGGCAGCCCCUACUGGAAAGACCAAGGCAUGAUUAGAGUUGGGACUUUCAGUCCUCCCCCAAACUCUUGGGAAAAGGGCUGAAGGUUAAGUUGAUCACCAGUGACCAGUGGUAAUCAUACCUUCAUAAUGAAACCUCCAUAAAACUCCAAAAGAACAGAUUUUGGAGCACUUCCAGGUAACUGAGCAUGUGGCGGUCCCUAGAGGGUGCUAUACCUGAAGAGGGUAUAGAAGCUCCCUGUCCCUUCCCACAUGCCUUGCUCUAUCCAUUUCUUCAUCUCUAUCCUUUGUACUGUCCUUUAGAAUAAACCAGUGAACCUAAGUGUUUCCCUGAGUUCUGUGAGCUUUACUAGCAAAUUAAACUCGAGGGGUCAUGGGAACCCUGAUUUGAAAACCACCUAGGGUUUGAACUUGGCAUUGGAAGUGGGCAGCAGUCUUGUGGGACUGGGCCCUCAGUCUGUGGGAUCAAAUGCCAUCUCUAGGGGAUAGCAUGGGAAAUUGGAGGACACCUAGAUGGUAUCUGCUGCAAAAUUGAUUGCUUGCUUGGUGAUGGGGAAAAAAGCACACAUUUGGUCAGAGAAGUUUUCUGUCUUUAUUGUGGUGUGAGAGCAGAGGGAAAAAGUUUGUUUUUUCCACUCAGACUUUGUUUUAAGGAACAGGGUAGAGGGAAGUUCUGUGGUUUUCGAAGUUCUUAGAUAUGUGUUUGUAACUUUGUGUGGCAUUAUAUAUAGCAUUAUAUUAUUUUCUACCCUCAAUCUACUCAUAGAGAAAUUGUAUAGUAAAAACAUCAAAGUUUAUUCAUAAAAUGUGGAUCUAUUGCAGUCACUAAAAAUGAUGUAGAAUAGAUUUUAAUGACUGAAAGUGUUCAUAAUAUAUUCAAUGAAAAUAUGGUUAUAAAGUUUUAUAGUCCUUUUUUUGUUUAGUAUGUAUACAAAGGCUAUUGAAGUGUAUAAUUUUAAUUUAUUAGCCUUAUGAAAUUCUUUUCACACUAUAAAAGUCAUGCUACUCUUAAGGGAGGGAAGGGAUGGCAUAAGUUUUUUUGUUUGAGGUUCUAGAAUUUAUGUGGAUUGGCUGAUAAAGAGCAUUUAUGAAAAACUACAGCCAACAUCAAAUUUAACGGUGAAAUAUUGAAUGUUUUUUAAAAAAAUAAACAUGUGGGCCAGGCACCAUGGCUCACACUUGUAAUCCUAGCACUUUGGGAGGCUGAGGCAAGAGGAUCCUGGAGUUCGAGACCAGUCUGGGCAACAUAGGGAAACCCCGUCUGCAAAAAAACAUUUUUUAAAAAAUUAGGCAUGGUGGCCCAUGCCUGUAGUCCCAGCUAUUCAGGAGACUGAAGUGGAAGGAUCACUUGAGCCUGGGAGUUCGAGGCUGCAGUGAGCUGAGAUCACACCACUAUAUUCCAGUCUGAGCAACAGAGUGAGACCAUCUCAAAAAAACAACAAAACAGACUGGAGAACAUAGGGAGACCCCAUCGCUACAAAUAAAAUAAAAUAAAAUAAAAAAUCUUAGCCAGGCAUGGUGGCACAUGCCGGUAUUCCUAGCUACUAAACAAGCUGAGGUAGGAGGAUGGCUUGGGCCCAGGAAGUCAAGGCUGUAGUGAGCCAUGAUCAGAUCACUGCAUUCCAGUCUGGGUGACAGAGUGAGACCCUGUUUCAAAAAAAAAAAAAAAAGUGUAUAUACACACACAUUCACAAACAUGGAGAAUGAAAAGCAAAUAGGCAAAAUAUAAAUAGUUGGUGAAUCCAGGUAUACAGGAGUUUCUUGUACUCUUGGAACUUUUUCUGUAAGUUUGAAAUUAUAUCAAGAUUAAAAGUUACAAAAACUGUAUACAGUGUAUGUAGAUUGGAAUAGACUCUCUGAAACCUUAUUUUCUGGAUUCCUUCAGUGAUCUAGCAUUUUGGAAAGUACGCCUGCCCCCUACUGUUAAUACCAGGUAACCCUGUACAUGCAUACCAUUUGCAUCUUCAAAGCCCCAUCCCAGACUUACCUGGUCACCACCAUAGCUGCUAUUUUCACUCUCUCUGUUGCUAAGACCAUAUAUAGCUUGUGUCUUAUCUGUACAUAAAUGAACCCAGAGGUGAAGUAUUAUGGGACUGACCUGGAAUGCAGCUUCAUUUUGCCUACACUAGUUCCACAUCAAGAGCACUAAGUUCAUUAGAAUUUGGCCUAGCCUCUGUAAAUGUUGCUCCUGCAUUUAUCUGUUAAAAAUUCUUAAAUGCCAACUUUGGGCAACCAGAAAUAUGUGAGGCAUAAGAAAUAUUCAGGUGCUUGGUGACUCACAGCAUAAGUUAUUGGAAUAUAGACCUCACUGUGUACAAUGAUGUGAGUAUCUUUGGUUUAAGUAAAUAUACUUAAAUGUGAGUAUAUUUAAGAAAGAUGUCAAUAAAAUAUUUGUAAAUUAAAUUCUA